UUCAUCAUUGCCAACGCCCGGGUGGAGAACUGCGCCAUCAUCUACUGCAACGAUGGGUUUUGUGAUCUCUGCGGCUACACCCGGGCCGAGGUCAUGCAGAAGCCCUGCACCUGCGACUUCCUCUACGGCCCUCGAACUCAGAGCAGCGCCAGCACUCAGAUCGCCCAGGCCCUGCUGGGCUCCGAGGAGCGAAAGGUGGAGAUUUCCUUCUACCGGAAGGACGGCAGCUGCUUCCUCUGCCUGGUGGACGUGGUGCCGGUGAAGAACGAGAGCGGCGCCGUCAUCAUGUUCAUCCUGAACUUCGAGGUGGUGGCNUUCUUGAAAAACCCCAGUGUUGGGCCACUCACAAGUUCUAAUGACCACCAAGGUCCCUUCCAACUUUAUUGCCUUCCAGGUCGUGGUAAGUCCUUCCGGCUGAGGCUCCCGGCGCUGCUCGCCCUGGCCGGGAGCAAGCAGUCGCUACCGCAGGACGACCCGGACGAGGCGGUGGUGGUGGACCUGUCCAAGCCGAGCAGCGAGUCCAUGGUGCUGGACGAGGUCACCUCCUCGCUGGAUCCCCCUUGCCUGGGCUGCAAGGAGGAGGAGGAAGAGGAAGAGGAGCCCGAGGACCGGCGAGCCCUGAUGGAGCGCCGGGGGGAGGCCGGCGAGGACCCCCCGGUCAUCCACUCCUCGCCCCGGACUGAGAAGGCCACCCACCUCCACCUGGAGGCCUCCUUCUCCAACUGCAGCCUCAGCCGCACGCGCUCGCGCGAGAGCUUCUACAGCGUGCGCAGGGCCUCCUCCGUGGACGACAUCGAGGCCAUGAAGGGCGAGGGAGAGAAGGGCCGGGCCCACAGCCGGCACGCCAGCACCGGGGCCAUGAACAACGUCCGGAGCCACCUGCUCAACUCCACCUCCGAUUCGGACCUCAUGCGCUACCGGGCCAUCAGCAAGAUCCCCCAGAUCACCCUCAACUUCGUGGACUUCAAGGCCGAGGCCUUCCUCACCUCGCCCUCCAGCGAGAAGGAGAUCAUCGCCCCCAGCAAGCUGAAGGACCGGACCCACAACGUGACCGAGAAGGUCACCCAGGUGCUGUCGCUGGGCGCCGAUGUGCUCCCCGAGUACAAGCUGCAGGCCCCCCGCAUCCAUAAGUGGACCAUCCUGCACUACAGCCCCUUCAAGGCGGUCUGGGAUUGGUUGAUCCUGCUGCUGGUCAUCUACACGGCCAUCUUCACCCCCUACUCGGCCGCCUUCCUGCUGAACAACCAGGAGGGGCGGGACCCCCGGCCCUGCAGCUACUCCUGCAGCCCGCUCAACGUGGUGGACCUGAUUGUGGACAUCAUGUUCAUCAUCGACAUCCUGAUCAACUUCCGCACCACGUACGUCAACUCCAACGAGGAGGUGGUCAGCCACCCGGGCAAGAUCGCCAUCCACUACUUCAAGGGCUGGUUCCUGAUCGACAUGGUGGCCGCCAUCCCCUUCGACCUGCUCAUCUUCGGCUCCGGCUCGGAAGAGACCACCACCCUGAUUGGGCUGCUGAAGACGGCCCGCCUGCUGCGCCUGGUGCGCGUGGCCCGCAAGCUGGACCGCUACUCGGAGUACGGGGCGGCCGUGCUCUUCCUGCUGAUGUGCACCUUCGCCCUGAUCGCCCACUGGCUGGCCUGCAUCUGGUACGCCAUCGGCAACAUGGAGGGCAAGACCAUCGGCUGGCUCCACUCGCUGGGCGGGCAGAUCGGGAAGCCCUUCAACGAGACCACCUUGCACCUGGGUCCCAGCAUCAAGGACAAGUACAUCACCGCCCUCUACUUCACCUUCAGUAGCCUUACCAGCGUCGGCUUCGGCAACGUCUCGCCCAACACGAACUCGGAGAAGAUCUUCUCCAUCUGCGUCAUGCUGAUUGGCUCCCUGAUGUACGCCAGCAUCUUUGGGAACGUGUCGGCCAUCAUCCAGCGGUUGUACUCUGGCACUGCCCGCUACCACACCCAGAUGCUGCGGGUGCGAGAGUUCAUCCGCUUCCACCAGAUCCCCAACCCCCUGCGCCAGCGCCUAGAAGAGUAUUUCCAGCACGCCUGGUCUUACACCAACGGCAUCGACAUGAACGCGGUGCUGAAGGGAUUCCCCGAGUGCCUGCAAGCCGACAUCUGCCUGCACCUGAACCGUACCUUACUGCAGAACUGCCGUCCCUUCCGGGGCGCCAGCAAGGGCUGCCUGCGGGCCUUGGCCAUGAAGUUCAAAACCACCCACGCCCCGCCGGGGGACACCUUGGUGCACGCCGGGGAUGUGCUGACCGCCCUCUACUUCAUCUCCCGCGGUUCCAUCGAGAUCCUCCGGGGGGAUGUGGUGGUCGCCAUUCUAGGGAAGAAUGAUAUCUUUGGGGAGCCCCUCAACCUGUACGCGCGACCCGGCAAGUCCAACGCGGACGUGCGCGCCCUGACGUACUGCGACCUGCACAAGAUCCACCGGGAAGAUCUGCUGGAGGUGCUGGACAUGUACCCGGAGUUCUCUGACCAUUUCUGGUCCAACCUGGAGAUCACCUUCAACCUGCGAGAUACCAACAUGAUCCCGGGAUCCCCUGGCAGCGACGAGAUGAACGGGGGCUUCAAUCGCCUGCGACGACGCAAGCUCUCCUUCCGACGGCGCACCGAGAAAGACGAGCAACUGGGGGACGCCAGGUCCCAGCCCAAGGCCCUGCACCUCGGCCAGAACCGCCCGUCGCCCGCCUCCCCCAGGUGGGAGGCGUGCCUCAGCAGCUCGGCCCCCUCCAGCGACGAGGAGGAGAUCCCCGUCCCCGUCGCCAGGGUCACGGAGCUGUCGCCUUUCCACCGGACCGUGGCGCCCCUCGCCGUGCCUCCCUCCGCAGCCACACCCGAGCAGCAGAGCAGCGACUCCUGCAACCCGCUCUCCGGGGCCUUUUCCGGCGUGUCGAACAUCUUCAGCUUCUGGACCGAGAACCGAGAACGGCAGUACCAGGAGCUGCCUCGCUGCCCCCCUGCUGCCCGCCCCACCCUCAACCUCCCCCUGGCCGCCAGCAGCAGGCGGCACCGCGCCGAGCUGGAGGGCCGCCUGGACCUGCUCCAGAAGCAGCUCAACAGGCUGGAGAACCGCCUGACUGCGGACGUGGGCUCCAUCCUGCAGCUGCUGCAACGCCAGGCGGUCCUGGUGCCCCCCACCUACAGCGCCGUCUCCUCACCGCAGCCUCCGCCAAACGCCGAGCCCUCCUUGGGGGAACACCCCCCGCUCUUGCCCCCCAUCCUGGCCCAGACACUCUGCACCCGGACACAGAUGCCCCUUUUCCCGGCUCCCUGCGUGGACGCCGCCGAGUCCAGCGACGAGGUGGUACUGCUGAUGGAGCCACCCUUCGUGGCCCCACGGCGCCUUUCACUCCCGGGGCAGCUGGCCGCCACGGAGGACCCGGACUUGCCCCCAGAUUUGCACAGACACUGCUCGGAUCCCGGCAGUUAA